AGUCAGGAUUGGUGGAUGACAAAAGUGUGUUCAGGGGAAGGGAAGGGGGGACAAAACACGCACGUUGACGUUGGUCCAGGGCGACAGGUCGUCGGGCUUGCGAGAGUAGCGGAACGUGGUCGAGACGUGCAUGGGCGGGGCGACGGCUGGGUGAGAGUUGAUGUAGUCGUCGGCAUGGACGGAGCGGGACGCCAGCGACAGGCCCAUGGGGAAGGCGGCAGCAAGCUGGCCCGGGCCGUCUAGUUGCGGCGUCUGCUCGGCCUCCUUGAGCACGGCGGGCGGUUGCGUUCCGGAAUCGGAGGCCAUCUUGGGCGCGGGGUUCGUUUCGGGGCCGUUCGUUGUCUCUGGGUCUCUGGGUCUCUGGUUCUGUCUACCCGGCCGAUGUUGACUGCCCACAGUUCUGGACUGACACUCUUCUCAACACUCGCUAUCCAGUGACAGGCAGAUUGGGCGAUGGUGAGGCGUGGGAGGGUCGGGGGAAGCACAGUCAUAGCCAAGUUUGCCUCUCGAGACAUCCGGCUCCGGAAGACCACUCGCGGGCGCGGGCGCGGGCGGGGCCAAAGGGGGAAAGCCCCGUCUAGCUUUUUUUCCAUCUUGAUGGCGCCCACCUACACCCAAUCUUCUCCAUUAUCGCGCAAUGUCAAGCCAAGGGCGUGCACAGCGCGGAAAUGGCAAGGGGAUCCUCUACCGCGUGGUAAAUCGGAUCAUGCCAGCCCAUUUCACGCAACGUCAAGCCAAGGGCGUGCACAGCGCGGAAAUGGCAUGGGGAUCCUCAGCCCGUUUGUUGGGGCCAGAAGCCAAGUACUGUACUGUAGGCACAUUGUACAAAGCAGGCGCAUAUCCCGGCCGUAUCCACUCAUAUAUACGCAGUUCAGGGUCAUGCUUGCUUGUAGAGGCACACUUGAUGGCGACUUGCAGGGUGGAGCUUGUCAAAGGCGAGGACUUGCAGACAGGGCGGGCCAGGAUGUGGAAACAACUACACUAGACAAGCUGAUCCGGGAUCCGGGAUCCGGGACCACGGACUGCGGGUUGAGACAGCCUGGCAAGGCUGGAGCGUCAUACCAAGAAACAGACGCAGCUCUGAAAACAUUAGAUUUAAAGGUGUUGAUGGUGAUAUACAAGGUAAUUUUGACUCGUCGGCCGUUAAUCUAGGUAAGCCGACAACAGUCUCGUCGGGUACUCUCUAGCCGACUCAAUGGCUCGAAUUAGUCGACAGCAUAUGGACGAUCUGAGACUUAAGCGGCAUCUGUUGUGGGCCGCAUCUCGGUGGUUCCAGUGUUACGUCUAUGGCAGCGAGAACAUCUUGUCUCGCUGCUGAGGGGAAAGUCCUCGGUGACUAGUCCUUCCUGACGUUUGUUCAUUUGCCGUGACGA